GCGUGCGGCGAGACGGAGCCCUCCUCUUCAUCCUCCUCCUCCUCCUCACCCUCUGCUGCCGCCACCCCGGCAGCCGCGCAGCGGAGCAGGGCGCACUCCCCCAGCACCGCUGCGCUCCGCGCCCGCCCAGCCAGACCCACCGACGGACUCGCGGCUCCGUGGCGGCCAUGGAGCACCGCGGCGCCUCCCCGCUCCUCCUCGCCCUCGCCCUCCUCAGCGCCCUCUGCUGGCGGGCGCGGGCGCUGCCCCCGCGGGGCGCUGCCUUCCCUCCCGUCCCGCGAUUGGGAAACAGAAUGCCAUUUGAUGGAGCCAGUGAACCUGACCAUGCCCGUGGGUCAUUAAAAUCAGAAUCAGAUAUUUUGCAGAACAUACUACCUGAAAAUGAGAAAUUCUAUUUUGAUCUGUCCAGAAUUAUUGAUAGCUCCCAGGACAGUCCCGUCAAACGCCACUCUGAUGCUGUCUUCACUGACAACUACAGCCGCUUUCGAAAGCAGAUGGCUGUGAAGAAAUACUUAAACUCAGUUUUAACUGGAAAAAGAAGCCAGGAAGAGCUAAAUCCUGCUAAACUUCGAGAUGAAGCAGAACAUCUUGAACCAUCCUUUUCAGAAAACUACGAUGCUGUAGAUGAGCUGCUGAGCCACCUCCCACUGGACCUCUGAAGGACACCUGGUAAAGUCUAUGACAAGAACAAGCUAUUUUUGAGUUCCACAUAGUAUUUCAAAGAGAUGACUUUAGUCAUCAAACCAGAACAAAUAUGUUGUGAAGUGAAAGUUGUGAUAUAUUUGUUUCUUACAUAAUAAAAGUUGAUAUUUACAUUGUAAAUAUUACUCUAGCAUUCCCUACUGAAAGGUGUACAUAUGGAUGCCAGUUUAACUCAUGAGAAGUCUGUGAAUCCAUAUGCUGUAAAUCUUUACUUCAAUAAAUUCAUUUGAAAAUGA